GGAGAGGUUUGAAUCCAGUAUCUGGCCCCUAAGCCGCCAUGCUGAACUGAGAGAGAGAGAGACCAACCAAACUUUGUCACGCUGCGACUGCACCGACGCUCAUCUCCGUACACACCGGGACGAAGAGGAGAAACUUCCCCGCGACUGGUGUUGUGACAUUUUUUUCCUGUCCUCUCCCUCGAACCAUUUCCCACUGUGUGAAGGAAAGUGAAAAGGAGUAUUAAUGAAUCAGUAUUCGCCAGCCGACGCCAUGACAGACAAAGGAAACUUCACCGUUCCGAAGUUAUCGGAGUCCAAUAUGGGAUUUGGCGUGCUGGGAGUGUUUCUGGGGCUGCUCCUGGAGGUCUCCACCCACGGACCGCAUGCUGUGCCUCGAACCUCCUGGAGACACCAAGAUUUAGAUCUGAUGGAGUUUUCGGAGCCUGAGAUCUUCAACUACUCCACGUUGUUGCUGAGUGAGAAAAGAGACGCGCUGUAUGUGGGAGCCAGGGAGGCCAUCUUUGAGCUGAGCAAGAAGAAUGUGACGGUCAAAAACAACAAGGUUCAAUGGACAGUUGCGGAAAACCCCAUGGUGAUGUGCACGCAAAAAGGAAAAUCAAAAGAGAGAGAUUGUCUGAACUACAUUAGAGUGCUCCAAGUCGUAGACGAUGAGCGGCUGUAUGUCUGCGGCACGCACGCAUUCCAACCUCAGUGUGACUACUUGAACCUCGCUGACUUUUCGUUGGACGGUCGACCUGAAGAUGGCCGGGGAAAGUGCUCCUUUGACCCGUCGCAAAGCUUUACUACCGUCAUGGUUGAUGGAGAACUGUAUUCAGGGACGUCUUAUAACUUCUUAGGCAGUGAACCGAUUAUUUCCAGAUACUCUCCAUCCCAGUCCCUGCUGAGGACGGAGUACUCCACAUCGUGGCUCAAUGAGCCCAGUUUCGUUUUUGCCGACGUGAUCAGUGACGGGGGAAACAAAGCAGACGGCGAGGACGAUAAAAUCUACUACUUCUUCACCGAGGUGUCGGUGGAGUACGAAUUCUUUGGCAAGCUGCUCAUCCCCAGGGUGGCGCGCGUCUGUAAGGGUGACCUCGGGGGGCAGCGCACCCUGCAGAAGAAAUGGACGUCCUUCCUGAAAGCCAAGCUGGUGUGCUCCAUGCCUGAGCUCAACUUUGUUUUCAACGUAGUACAUGAUGUCUUCAUCCUGAAGGGGGCAGACUUCAGAGACACCGUCAUCUACGGGGUCUUCACCUCCCAGUGGGGUAAUGUGGGCUUGUCAGCAGUGUGUGCUUACAACAUGACAGCUAUGGAAGAAGUCUUCUCCAAGGGCAAGUACAUGCAGAAGGCCACAGUGGAGCAGUCCCACACCAAGUGGGUCCGGUACAACGGCAUCACUCCUUCUCCACGUCCUGGAGCAUGUAUUAACAACCUGAUGCGACGGCAGAACGUCAGCAGCUCCCUCCACCUGCCAGACAAGACCCUCCAGUUUGUGAAGGACCACCCCCUGCUGGAGGACCCCGUCCUACCCAUCGGCAACGGGCCUCGCCUCAUCACCAAAGACGUCAACUACACUCAGAUUGUUGUGGAGAGGGUGCGCGCGCUCGAUAGGAACAUUUAUGAUGUCAUCUUCACUGGAACAGAUAAGGGAGUCCUGCACAAGUCAGUGGUGUAUGAAGGAGAAGUGCACAUUGUGGAGGAGAUCCAGCUCCUGAAGAACUCUGAGUCCAUCAAGAACCUGCUGCUGUCCUCGGAGACACGCUCCCUGUACGCUGGUUCAGACUCCGGUGUGGUCCAGUCCCCCACAGCCUUCUGUGGCCGGUAUCUGUCCUGCGAUGACUGCGUCCUGGCCCGAGACCCGUACUGUGCCUGGGACCCUCACACUGCUGCCUGUGUCAAUAUCUUUGAUGCUCCCAGCCAAAGGCUCAGGAAGCUAAUCCAGAGCCUGAACGGUGACGCAGACAAGUGUCCGUCAGCAUCAAGUCUGUCUCUGAAGGACUACCGACGUGUGACAGUGAAACCAGGCAGCUCUGCUGAGCUGCCGUGCCUGGGACACUCCAACCUAGCCCAGGUGAUGUGGAAAUCCAACGGCUCUGCCCUCACCGAGGCCUCUCGCUUCCACCUCAUAGGCGAGAACAGCCUCCUGAUUUACAGCGUGGCUCCAGAGGAUCAAGGUCACUACGAGUGCUGGUCAGUGGAAUGGGCCCCGGCUGCCGGGAAGAACUUCAGCCGCCUCCUGGCCGGGUACGUCCUCACUCUGGAUCUCCCGCCCAGAGCUCCACACCAGGCAGGCCACGUUGCCACCACCCUCGGCAGCCAGGAGACGUCGAGCUCACAUACAGCCGAAGGUAAUGGUAAGACAGAGAGAGCCCUACUAACGUCGGCCCUUGCUCCUCCCAGCUUCACAGCCACAGUCCACCUCACCUCCCCACCCCAAACUGACUCAUCACUAACCCUGCCGCCCAGCAGCACAAUGAAGUUCCAGCCAAAGCAGCAUCUUCCCCCGAGCUCCAGCGCUCCGCGCCCAGACAGCCGGGACCCAGCGGCUGAGUAUUUGCAACACAACAACAGCACCGCCCUCCUCUUCCUCUUCCUCCUGUUUUUCCUCCUCUUUCUGGCCGCGCUGGCGUACAACUGCUACAUGCAGUAUCUUCCGGCGCCCUGCCUGCGGCUGCGAGCCGCCCUGCUGGGCACUCACAAGAGCACCCAUCAGCCCGAGUAUCGGGCCUGCGAGGCGGGUCUGAUGGAAUCAUCUGCGACCGAAAAAAUUAACAUGACGGAGCAACCGACGCAGAACGGCAGCCAAACCACUCAAAACCUCCGGGCGCUCCGCGACACCGGGUAUGAGACCGAGCCGGAGUGCGGCAACGGUCAGAUCCCAUCCAAGGAGAAACCCUUCGAUGUGGACUGUGAAUCUCAGCCGAUCCAGUUCGCAGAUGCAGAUGAACCUUACUGCUAGCCAGAGGCCUCUGCUCUGCCUUUGUUUCUCUCAGCACAGAGACUAUUGAUAGGGAGAGAGGGGGGGGGGGGGGUCACACUCUUGCUGCAUCUUUCCACGACUCACAAAUCUAAGCGCUUUCCUCUAUAUGAAAGUAUGUUCAGUGUACAGCAUCACAUGAAGUUUAAUCAUCACAAGGCGUCUUUGAGAUAUAACUCCUGUCUGGUCUAGGGUUUAUGACGACAAAGCAAAAACUAUUCACAGAAGCUGCACCCUCUCAGCUUAGUCCAGCAAGAAAAGCUAUUUCUUAAAUUCCAAAUUGGAAACAUUGUUUACCAAAUUGGUAAGUUACUUUGAUGUUUUCCAAAUUGGAGUCAUGUUUUUUCUUUGUACAGCCUGGGGGGAAAAUAGUCUCUUGAAGCUUUUGCAUCUUUUUUCUUUCGGAGCAACAUGUCGGCUAAUGGACUUGAGUCAGCGCUUCGACAUUACGGUCAUUUCUCAGGGAAGAUUUUCUCAGCACGUUCUAGCCUAGCUUUCUACGGUGUUGCCGUCUGCGUCACCUGGUACGUGGUUCUUUAUCUCACCCAGUGAAGUGGCAAUGGCGGGUUUGAAUGUCGGAGAAAGAGAGAGAGAGAGAAAACAAUGAACAAUGCUUAAAAAAAUCAAACCACUGUCUCGUUGUCUUUGAGUGACGAUGUUGAGUUUCUCUGUGUUUUAUUUUAUUUCCUCCCUGUGAAGUCGACAUUCCUACAUGGAUACAACUCUGAUGCUCCUUUGUAUUAACCUCUACUAGUCACUUUCCCUCGUGGUCUCUUAAUGACAUAAAUAUGUUCUAUAUGACGUGAUGCUUGACGAUAUCAAACAUCAGCCCAGUUUAUAGAAAAAAUAUUUUUUUAUUCUUAUUUUUAAUUAAGCCUUCAGUUUUAGAACAUUCUCAGAUAAUUAUUAUUUAAGAUGAGUCGUGUCUGUGGUAAUAUCAUUUUGUCUAUUGUGUAAGUAGUUGUGAUCAUCCUCAUGUUUUAUUUUAUUUAUUACAAAUUUGUUAGUUUUUUUUUUUUUUUUAAUCCCAGCCCAUUAUUCUCCCUCUUGUCUGUGUUGCAUGUCACCCCUUGUUUAGAUUUCCUGUUUUCCUCAAUACUCUCUCUUCUCCCAUCACUCCCUCCCUCACAGUCGCCUCUCCCGUCGACACUUCAUCUUCCCUGCCCUCCUCUGGAAGUAGCACUCCCUCUGCCCUCCCUUCCUCCUCCUCCUCUUCCU